AGGCUCUCCGUAGACAGGCUCUGUUAGGUCGGCCAUAGACUGUAACAACAUCAUUUUCGCCAUUUCACACCCUUUUCUUUGAAAACCACCUUUAAAAUUCAAAUAGCAAAAAAUUCUAAAUUUCAUACUUGGAGCGGCUAUUUGUAAGGAACAGGCUCUGUAUGGAACGGAGAACUAAAAAGGGGCGAGGUUAAUUGGUCGGUUUCGGAAGGCGAACUUCUCUCAUUUUAUCGCUUCGCUGUGUUUUAAAGUCAGUGUAUAUUCAUUCGUUAUUGCAAUUUAUUAAUCAGUUUAUUUAUUUAUACCAUGACGUGCGACAAAACGUCAUGAGAUUUGAAUGUGUUGCCAAUGCCACUCAGUCUGACGUGUCACGGCUCGAAAACGAAACUUAGCUGCUGCCCUAUGUAACGAGCAGCAGAGAAAUAAAAGAGAGAAGGAAAAGGAGAAAGGGUGAUGCUUUAUUCUUGAGACUUGGGACUUCGGAGUUAAGACCAGUUGUUUGUUUAACUUGACUUCAUAGUAAGCACUGUCAGGAAAGGAUCGAUCCCUAGAACAGAAAUCGAACCUGAAACUCACAGAAGUGCACACUAACAUAUCUUCCCUAUUAAAAUGGAUAAACCACCGUGUUCACCAAGUCAUACUUGCUUAGGAGAGCCCCCUGUAGGCUGUAAUGACACUACAUCAGGUCUUGUGGACACCAAAGUUCAGGGGAAAACUGGGAAGAAGAAAAAGCAGAAAAAGAGACAAAGUGCCACAUCCCAAAUGAAACCAGUCAGUGAGUGCUCUCAGGUCACUGCUGAAGAGCAGUCAUCACUUGAGCGCCCUGAAAACAGGUCUGCGGGAUCAAAGCACAAAAAGAAUACCCGAAAAACAAGAAAUCAAUCUAUUUCUCCUGAAAGUUCCUCACAUCAAGAUAAAACCCAGAGUGCACAGCAAACAUCAGAUCGCUUUACCUGUGACCAGUCAACCCAGACAGAGGCUUCCCAACUCCAGUCUGUCCAAACACAGUCAACACAAACCCCUCCGAUCCAGGAUAUACACACACAAUCAACAGAAUGCAAGUCCACCCAGACAAAACAGUCUAGUUUUUCGAUGCAACAGGCAUACUGGGGAAGAUCUUUCACAGAACAGUCAGCUGAUGAACAGAAAACCCAGUCCAGUCAUCUGACACUGUUAAGCUGGAAUAUAGAUGGUUUGGAUCCAGAUAAUGUCUUUGAGCGGGCCAAAGGUCUGCUUUCACAUUUAGGAAAGUACCGUGCAGAUGUUGUACUGUUGCAAGAGCUGGUUCCUGUUAGUUGGGAGAUUUUGAAGAACAUUAUGAAAGACUAUCAGUUUUUGCAAGGCAGUGAAGAUGGCUAUUUCACUGGCAUUUUGCUCAGAAAGGACAGAGUGCAAUUCCUCCAGAGCAAUAUUGUGAAGUACCCCACCACAGAGAUGGGUAGAAACCUGCUAAUAGCACACGCAAGCUUUUUAGGCCAUCCAAUAUGUAUUAUGACAUCUCAUCUGGAGAGCUGUAAGGAAAGCUCUCAAGAACGCUUGAAUCAGCUGCGGAGAGUCUGGAAAUGGAUGAAAGAGGCUCCACAGGACCACACAGUUAUAUUUGGAGGAGAUACCAACCUUAGAGAUUGGGAGGUAAAGAAGCUCGGGGGGCUGCCGGAUGGUAUCUCUGAUGUGUGGGAGAUGCUGGGGAAACCGGAGGAAAGCAGAUACACCUGGGACACAUCCAUCAAUGAUAACAAAGAAAUCCCUAAUUCUAUACGCCUGAGAUUUGACAGACUGUUCCUCAGAGCAGCCGCAGAGGGUGCCAAACUACGGCCAGACAGCAUGACCCUAAUUGGUCUGGAGAAGCUGAAGUGUGACUAUUUCAUCAGCGAUCACUGGGGCAUCCUUUGCACUUUCAUAUUUGGAGCAUCAGAAGAGCAGUGUGUCACUGACUGAUUUUUUUUUUUAAUGGCCUGCACUUGAUUAUAUGAAUGGGUUGUUAAAGGGAUAGUUCACACAAAAAUGAAAAUUCUGUCAUUAAUUACUCACCCUCAUGUUGUUCCAAACCCUUUAGACAUUCGUUCAUCUUUGGAACACAAAUUAAGAUAUUUUUGAUGAAAUCCGAGAGCUAUCUGACCCUCUAUAGACAGCAGUGUAACUAAAAUGUUUCCAGACCCAGAAACGUAGUAAGGACAUUGAUAAAGUAGUCCAUGUGACAUUGGUGGUUCAACUGUAAUUUUACAAAGCUACGAGAAUAGUUUUUGUGUACAUGAAUCCAACAGUUCUUCUCCUCCAAAUCACGUACUCUGCCAUUUGGAACUACAAGAGGGUGAGUAAUUAAAUGACAGAGUUUUCAUUUUUGGAUAAACUAUGCCUUUAAUGGGUUAAUAUUAUAUAGUUAAUGGGUCAUAAGCACAUGCUUUUUAAAAAAAUCACUGUUGAUAUGAACUCUGAAGUAGCAUUUAAAUGGUCACUGAUAAUCAUAAACUGCUGGGAGAAUAACCUGUUGUGCACCAAUAUAUACUUAUUGGGGAGAUCAGGGCUAUUUGUCUCACUUUCUGCUCCAGUAAUUCAGUACUUAUUUCUUUAUAGUCACAAACUGUAUCUGACAUUCACAGACAUUCAGUUUGUUUGGGAAUAUUGCCUAGGAAAAAAAUAUUAUACAAAAUGAACAUGUGUGACAGCAUGCUCUAGGAGUGGAAAGAAACCUGCUAUUAAACAGCCUAUUACUGGAUUUUAAACAAAAUUAAAACAAUUAUGAAAAUCAAACCAUUUUUUGGCCAACAAAUAUUGUGAAUAAAAAUGUGUAAUAUCAACAACAUGUGACAAUUUGCUCCAACCGGUCCUUAAUUUGCAAGAUUCUUCCUUUAUUUUUCCACCAGAGGGAGCUCAAAGGACAGAAUAUAAUUCAUGCUGUGACUGAGAACUAAAGAAAAAACAUUAAAGCGCUAUUAUUUAUUUUGUUCAUUUAUUUUUAUUCAUAAUAUUCUGGGUUUAGAACAGAGUAGUGUUACAUAGCAUAUAUGAUUAUGUGUAUUAUUACUGUGGUGUAAAAUAAUGUUGACAUUUAAGACUGUAAGCAUUUUGAUUCAAUGCAAAAAAUCUGGACUAGAUCUUCUGGGUGAUGCAGAUAGAAUAUAUUCUUGGCAAACAUGGCCGUUUUUAUUUGAAGAAAUGAGUAACAGCACAUUCUCUCUCUCCUACUUAAGCUAAACAGAAUUUAAAUGUACCAGUACAGUUAGAUGCAAAUUAAGAGAGCUGGCAGGAUGACAACAAAAAAAAAGGAAAUAGUGUCAAGAUUUGGAUUAACAAUGAGCCAUUUACCAGGACAGUCCUCAUCAUGGCCAACUGGAUUUAGAAAUUUUCAGAGGGUGCCACGAAUCUAAUGCUAAAGGCAAAAACUCUGAAUAAAAAACAAAUAAUAAAAUAUAUUUAAUGUAGUAAAGCGAACAGUGUUCUGUCACGCUAAUCUAUUUGCUUCAUUCUCACAGAAUAAGAUGAAUUAAUUGCCAUAUCAUCUCUAUAUAAAGUAUUUAAUUACAUGUUGAAUGCUAAAGUAUUCUAUCAACCUAACUAGAAAGCAUUAUUUAAUAAAGAAGGUUCAUGAAGGUUGUGAAAGAUCAUUAGCACCCACUGUUAUAGAAAAGCCUUAGUAACUUUACUAAAAUGAAUUAAAAAUAUACUCACAUUAAACCUUUUGGAAUAUUUUAUGCCUUUUCUGGGUUUGGUCAUAAAAGUCUGUUUGUGUGCAGCGGCAUAUGACUUUUCAUACAGUAAUCCAGCAAUGUCUCAGAACAGGUUUUUUUUUUUUUUUUUUGGAUGUUGGGACUCCUAUUUCCAUAUUGUGCAGGAGUUUGAUCAUGAUUACCACCAGAAAGACCAAAAAUAACAUCUGGGCUGGGCUCAUGUGCCUAGUGGCCUCUUGGCUUUUUUUUUUUUUUACUUUUUCCUUUUUUGUCACGUUGAUUCCCUUCUUGAUACUUUUUGCAUAACUUAUCCUCCACUUUUUACUUGCAGAGUCUAAACAUCAUGUUGUGCUGAGUUCAUUUAAAUAAAGGCCUUUUCAGCA